CCCGCCGUGGGCAGCGCCGUGGCCAUGGCGGCGGAGCGGGGCGGCGAGGCCGGCCUGCCGCCUCUGCUGGCUGCUGCCCGCCGCCGAGACGACACUUUAGAUGAGGCAACAAGGAAAGACCUUUUCACUGACACUUUCUGUAAGGUUUGCAGGGCAGUGCUGCAGUCUGAAUCUCAGAGGGCGUCACACUAUAAGGGCAAAAAACAUGCUCAGAAAGUUCGUUUUUACAUCCAAAUGCGUGGCAGGAAAGAUGAAAGGCAGGAGGAUGGCAAACAGAAGAAAACAGAUUGUACCAAUUUUCAGAUGGAUGGGAGUGGAGUAGUAGACAAAAACAAAUACUGCAAUCUCUGCAACAUGUUUUUUACUUCCCCAGUUGUUGCUUUGUCUCACUACUUGGGAAAGAUACACGCUAAAAAGCUGAAGCAAUUAUCAGUAGACCAAGCCCACAUGCCAGCACAGAGCAUUCAGCCUGUUUCUGCUUUACAGAAGCCAUCGGCUGAGAAGCCCUUGCUGCCUUCAAAAGCUGAAGAGUCUUCAUCAUCCUCCAACACAAGGUUGAAGUUAAAUGAUCCAGACAAGUACUGCAAGCUCUGCUGUGCUCCCUUCAAUAAUCCACUUGUGGCCCAGCAGCAUUAUGAUGGUAAGAAACACAGAAGAAAUGAAGCACGGAAAAAGAUACUGGAGGAGCUAGGAGACAAAGCUGUCCCUGCAGAAUCCAGCACCAAUGCAGUUGGGGUUGGUUAUUACAUGUGCCCCAUAUGUAACGUCACACUUACAUCUAUAGAGACGUACCAAUGCCAUGUGCAAGGGAAUAAGCACCGGAUUAAAGAAACAGUGCUUGUCAAUCUCAUGAAGAAAUCAAAGAAAACAUAUGACUCCUUUCAAGAUGAAUUAAUGGAUUACAGUAAAGUUCAGAAAGCUAGAGGCGUAGAGCAAAGAAGGAAUUUAGGAAAAGCAGAAGAGGAAGAGUUUCAAGAUAAAAACAUUGAAGGAGGAAGUGACCUUAGUAAGGUUCUAUCUUCAAACUUUCAGUGUGAACAAGGCCAGCAUUCCAGCCAGUCACCUACAAAUACUGGGGAAAAUAGAUCACCAAGCUGGCCAUCAGCUUGUGAGCAUGCACUAGAAAAGACACCUAAUUGUCACUAUAACAAGGGAUGCUGUAAAGAAGAGCAAGCAUCUGAGGUAACCACCAUUAGACAGAGGAGCUUCAGCCUAUUGGUUGCAGAAUCUAAAGACUGUGAUAAACUUAUGCUUGCUGAAACUUCUACCAGCUCCUACAGAAAAGAACAGAAAUUUCAGAUAAAACAUUUUGAGGAGGAAAAAUGUAUCAGUGAAGAGCUGAAGUUUGAGAAAGAAGCCACAGAACAGAAAAGAAAGAAAAAUAGUGAAGGUCCAGGUUUUGGAAAAGAAAAUGAGAAGCAAAAGAGAAUUAAAUUUGAGGUAGACUUGGUAAUUGAGAAGAAAUCAAUACCUUAUAAAAACGAAAGACUUAAAGAAAACCCUGCUGAGAAAGAGAGCAAAAAGCACAAAAAGGGUAAAAAGAAGCCACAGACAGAUAACAAAAAAGAAGAGGAGCUACUUUGGGAUGAAUCUAUCUUGGGAUGUUGAUAAAGAUUUUGCUUAGCUUUAAGAAGUUGAUUCUGUUUGUAGACUCACUUAACCAUUUUGUACUAUAAUAGGACUUUUUUUUAAGCAAAGUUUUUGUUCCAAUCUGGAAUCAAGAAAAAGCCUGUUUUCUUAAAUUUUUGGGCAGUAGGUGGGCAUCAGUUCUUAACCAUCUUACACAUACAGCAGCCAUUGCAGUGAUGCGACUUCGAAAGUUUGUAAUCUCUUUUGGAAUAUAACACAAAUAAGGGUCAGUAGCUUACAGAAUACUGUUUGAAUGUCACCAAAAUGCAUAGCUUCUUUCUAAUACUAAUGGUGCCUACUAUUGAGGUUUCUAUUAUUCUUCUAGGAAAGGACAUAAACUCUUAAGAUAAAUAAGGGCCCUUUAGUGUUCCCAGCCACGUCUGUAACCAUUUCUCUGAGAGAUUUAAAAGGAGAAUGUGAAAGGGUUUUGAUUCCAAAUCUUAUUUGCUAUUGGAGUUUUUUGGGGGUUUUUUCUGGUUUUGUUUUUUUGUCACCCAGGUCUGAGUGGAAAAUGAGUCUAUUAAACAUUGUAACUGGUUGUCAGAUACACAUUGUCUAGUAGAUUUUUCUCAUUGUAAUCCUGAUUUUUAGUUUAAUUUAGGAAACACAGAAAAGGUGCAACAUGCAAAAUUAAUUGCUAACAUGAGCCUACGUUCUGCUUCAUUCACUCAAAGUAAGGUACAGAAGGAAUGUUAGAAUGAAGCUAGAUUUGUGAUCCAGAAAAUACCCUGAAAAAUCAGUGACGGCUUUGUAUUUCCAUUUUAAAUGUUGUGUCACCAGACAUUCAUUUACAAUAUGGAUUUACAUUAUUUUGGCAUGAGCACUGAUGUCCUAUAUAUGUGCAAUUAAUUGAGAAACUCAGACGAUGGGGUUCAAGCUCUUGUGUUGCUCCCAGGACCCUCAGAUGAGACCUUCAGUAAGCCAUGGACACUGGAAGUGUGUCUGUCUCUACAGGGCCUGGGGCAGGCAGCCUGCCCAAGAGAAAGAGGGGAAUUGCAUUGUCUGCCUCCUGCACUGUGCAGAGCUGGGGUUGUGUGGAGGAUUUGAAGCUUGUGUGAUGUUUUACUGAAAGCUGCUGGACUUAGUAAAUACAGCUAAAUUCUAAAAAGUGAUCAUUUAAAAAGCAAUUUCAUAAGACACCAUUUAGUAUCUCUUAUUGCCUUCAGGUUGCAAGAAAGCUUUUUCUGAGCCUUGAUGUGGGAUCUGAAAGCCAUCACGCUGUUGGUUUACACCACUCAGACUGUGCUUUUCACUGGGUUAGUCUGUUUGUAGAGCCACCUGUGCUGAGCUGCUGCUCUCAGUAAAUCUGCCCAACUGAAACUUUCUGUUGUGGGUUGUUGUGUUGUGGGAUGGAGUAGAGACCAGGGCCUUCAAGCCUUGAAUUGUGUCUGAUUUGUCUUAGUUUUAGUUUUGCGAGUAUAAGAAGUAGGUUAGAAAGCCCUGAAAAUAAUGUAGUCUGCUCUGUUUUUUUAAGGAUUGGUGUUUUGUGGUUGACUGCAAUCUUGGAUUUAGAAUUUCCUGCUGAUGAUAAAGUUAUAAAUCUGAGUAGUUAGCAUCUGAGCUGUCAAAUAACUUAGUCCAUCUUCUAACAGACAAGCUUAACUAGAUGCAUGUACAACUAAAAGUUGAGCAGGAGCAUGUAGAUGCCAAUAACAAUUUGUUGGUCAGGAGUCUCAGGAACCUGAACUCAGAGGUCCAUGGGGAUUCAGCUUUAAGUUCAAAGUGUAUAUAGGGUCCUCGUUCUGGUGCCCUUUCCUAAUCUCUCCUGGUCUCUGAGGCUGAUAAUGCCUCUGCUUUCUUCAGUGGCUCUUUUUCGUCACUCAGGAGUUACAUACCUUUCUGUACGUUUCCAAGGACUCUUUUCCUGGCUUUCCUUAGCCCUUGCUCAUCUGAUGGAGUCUAAAGUCACACAUUAAUAACUGCUUUUCUCAUUAUUUAUUUGGGCAGAGAGUGGGUUCAAUCAUAAUUUACUUAUGCUAACUGUUGAUGACAGUUGUGAGCUGUUGUAAGCUGCCAACUGCAGACUGCUUGUAUUGACCUACAGUGUAACCAGGGAGGUUUUCAAGCACUCUUUCCUAUAUAUACUCUUUGCUGUGAGAAUAACAUGGGCAACACUGCAGCUUCUCUCCCAUGUAAGACAAAUAAUGACUUCUCUCAGGACACCUAGUUCAGCAAACUAGGCAUUGUAAGAUAUCUCUGAUAUUUGUGCCACUGUCAAAUGGGGCUGUGCAAAUAUGGCCAGUGUCUUUCACAGUUACUAGUAGGGAACCCUUGCUCCAUAUGGUCACGUAUGCCUCCUUUCCUUAGGGAGUCAGUCUAAGAAAACAAUUAGACCUCCAGCAGAUGGAAAGGCCACAAUGUAGUACUCCACUUCUACACAAGGAACAGACUAAUUGAAGGGAAAUAAGUGCCAAUUUACUUGCUUUUGAAAUAAGAGUUGCACUUUUGGAAGUCAGGAGAUUAAUAGCUCUGAAAAUAUGGUAAAAGCAUGAGUUGACAGAACAAGGAGAUGUUUUUGGUUUUUUCAGUGAUCAUUCCCAAAUCUGUACUUGAACUCCAUGCUCUUCUCGCCCAUCCACUGGAAAGUGGUUGCACAAACUUCGUAGAAUAGCUCUAAACAAAGUUUCUUGAUGUCAAACGUGAAAGGUAAGAUCCCAAAAGGAGUGUUCUUGCCACAUGUUGAUGAAAAAAUUAUUAAUCUGUGAUGUAAAUGCUGUGAAUGAGACAGCAGGUUCUCAUCUGGCAGAAGUGACUUACAGCUCUAAUUCAGAUAAGUGAUAUCCAAUUUUCUAAGGUCAUAAAUCAUGAUUAUUGUUCAUGUGUUUCCUGAUUGCCUUGUUCCUAGCCUUUAAUAUUUGUGCCAAUAGUUAUCUACAUGCUAGACACUUUGAAAUGCUAGGCACAGAGAUCGAUGACUUUAUUUACCUUUUACUGUAAAUAUGUCUUUUUUUCAUUUCUUAGUAGCAAAGGAAUCCACACUGUGUGUAGUGGAAGCUAAUUCUGCUCAUCUGUUCCUCAUUAAAACUACUAAAGCAUUACAGUUCUAAUUUGAGAAACAAAUUAAGUCACAGAUCUUUCUGUCACAUCUGAGCAGAAAGACUUGCAGAUCUGCAUGGAGACCCCUUGGAGUCAAUGGUGUUUUAUGCACGUAUGAGGGUUCCUCUGCGAAGGCCCAACAGCACUAAAUUUGACCUGUCUCCUCUUUCAGUAAACUUAUUGGUGCUUGGCCUUAUGAAAGAACUGCUGUAUAUCAAAAAGGCAAGUUAAAACUGUGUACAUGUAGCAGAGCAGAAAAACAAGGUUAAAAAUGCUGUUUUAAACUCAGCUUAAGUGAAGACUCCUGCAUUUCAAUUUUGGCUUUGUCCCUGGUUCACCAGGUCACCUGGAUCAAGUACUUAAUUCUUCCAAGGCCUCUUUUUUCAUCUGUAAAUGGUGCAGAAGGGUACUGUGGCAGAUUCAUCCUGCCCAUGCUCUGCCCCUGAAGCAGACUGCUGCUGCCAGUUUCCCCUCCUUUCUCCUGAAGGAUACCGUCCCUGGGACAUCCGCCAUUGUGUCCCUGCAUCUGCCAUUGUCAUUCACAGGCAAACAGAUCAGCUUAAACUCUCCAUAAGGGCAUGCAAAAUACUGUCACUUUUUUAUAGUUUGUUUUCCUUUUUGUGACUUUUUAUACUUUGGUUUCAUGACUGGCUGCAGUAUGUGAAAAAUUUGUAGUGAGAUCCUAGUGCAAGGUCUGUCUGAAAAAGGCCACAACUGAAACAGAACAUCUCUUUCUGCAUCCUGUGAAGUGAGCAGAAAGUUGUUUUCAUGGUGGAAGGUUCUCAUUUGAAAUCUUGCAACAAAAGGGAGAAGCACUAAAGUCGCCUUGCAUGCCCUGAACUCAGGCUGUGGUUUCAGUGGGGCACACUGGGAACACUAACACGUGGGAAGUUAACCCCACCGCUGGCCUAUGAGACAUAUCCUUGUCAUAUCUAACCUGCUAACUUGUCCAAGCAUAUUUCCAUAAAGGUUGAGAGGCAUUCAACUGAAAUCAGUGUAAAUCACCUGAAUGCAACGCCUUGAGCUGCAUCUCAAAUUUACCACAUAUCUGUGGAAUCAGAUUACAGUGUAAAACAGUUGUUUGAGCUAGUUAAGAGGACUAUUACAGCUUAAUUAAAUUAAGGUAUUUUUUUCAGCAUAUCGCUCUUGGCCAGCACUGCCAUCCAACAACAUGGAAGCUGACAGUAUGCUUAACAGCUGUAUUUAUCAGCCAGAACACCAAGAUGAAAGCACCAGGCUUGGCAAACGAAGAAAUCAGACCGCACACACCAGCUGCGCUAGUUCACGAGUGCUGGUGUGCCGACCCGAGCGCUGUGCCUGUGGUGAACGUGGCGUGCCGCCCAGCCUGAGCAGAGCCGGCGCGCUGCCUGCCGCGCAGCUGCAAACGGGGCUCGCUGGGUGCAGGGUACGUACACCAGUGCACAGCUUGCCUUUAGCUUUCCGCUCUGCACUCGAAACAGCAAGAAGCACAAGUUGGUGGAGAAAAGGAGAUUGAGACAACAUCUGCCAGCUGGUGUCCAUCUCGACCUCCACCAUGUAGCCUUGUCCGCUCUCCAACGCUCAUCUCAUAGCUACGUCAUCUUUCAUUAUGAUCUUACUGCUCCAUGUUACUCCUGGCAACUAACUGGGUUAAGAUUAUCAGUCAGGUUUAUGAACAAGCGUGAAGGAAGCGAGGACAGAUAUACCACCACUGUUGUGGCAGUACUUGUUUGUUGGUGGAUGGUGCUGUUGAGGCAAAUAAGUCUUUGGUUUUUUCUUUUUUUAGCAAUGUUUUAUAGAAUAUUCUGAUGUUAUUUGUUUAGGCAAACGUAGGCAAGCAGGCAUCUUUGUAGCAUUACUGCAAUGUUUGCUAAUGGAGAGCAAGGAUAAUGCAAUGGGAGCCCCCCAGUGAGAUGGAUUUGUAGUGUUUAUGCUUCAGAAUAUGCUCAUGUGGCAUUUGACGAAUACAAGAGACUUCAGAGGAGAUCAGUAAAUGGAAGCCUAAGCCAGUGUUGCCUAAGCAGUCUUGAAACUUAAUAAAUAUGCAUCUAUAUCCCCUUGUAGGCACCUCAAAAAGGUGUUUUGAGAAUAGCUGACUACCUGCUGCUCAGUAGCACUAAAAAUCAAAGACGAUCCAAUGAACUGUCUAAGAAGAGAUUUGGGUGCAUUGUGUUAGGCCUCCAGGUUUGAAACUUCUGGUCUUUAAUCAGUUUAAGGGUGGCUGUGAAAAUGCUGCAGUCAUUAAACUAUCUAAUGGUACUUACUGUUUGUUUACUUCCUGAGGAAAUCUGUAAAGCUCAGUGUCUACCCUCUCUCCCUUGGGAGUGCUUGCUGCAUAAGCCAUGGGGAUUUGUCUCUCUCCCCACUGAAUGACACUUGGCUCUGACAAUGAGGUACCUGUGACUCUCAUCCACUGGUGAAAAUGCUGAGAACAGCUGAAGGAACAAGGACAUUUUGAUUGCCCCAUGCUGUAGACCGCCUAAUUCUUAAUUACACUGUCUUGUGUAAGCUUUGCCAAACUCAAGAGUCGUGCCAAUGCUAGGUCUCUCUCAAAAUUGGAAAUUGUUUCUAUUGUGUUUCAUUUUUCAAGAAAAUGAGUGAACCCAUGAGAAUUCCCUCCAUUUCCCUCUGCGGGAUGUAACUUCAGUCAUUUCACCACUCCUAAGAGUAAACUAACUCCCUGCUGAGUUAUUCAUGACCCCUUCUCAGCUAGGCUGAUGUAUAUCUGAUCGCUUCCUGAGCCUGCUGUGAGGAAUAAAUCAAGCGUCUCCCUUCACGCUUGAGUGCUGGCACAUCACAGAAUUUCUCUGGGACUCUACAAAGCCGAAGAAAAAUCAACACAAGCCAGAAUCUGUCCCAUAUCCCAGAUGAGCGUCUCAGCUUUUUGGCUCUCAAACCAACUCUCCUCAUUGUGCCUCUGAGCCCUGAUGCUCUUAUUUAUUCCGCCUCCUAAAACUCAUUUUUUCCAUCCUGCCCAUACAUAAUAAAUUGUGAUGAGCCAGGAUAUAUUAUGCUGCAGUACAUCACCGUCUGAUUGUAUCACUGUCUCUGGGGCUUUCUCGCUCUUCCCUUCUUACUGCUCUGCUAUACUGGGUCGUGUCUACAGAAAAUUUACAGAGUGUAAA